AUGGUGUGCGUAUACUGCUGCGAAAGCUUUGACGAUCCCAGCGAGUACCGGACGCACCAGGCCGCGGAGCAUAGCGACUUCCACGUGGACACCGCGUUCGCGCACGUAUUUAACAACUACACGGAGUACCUCAAGGUCGAUUGCGUGGACCUCGCCUGUAGGCUGUGUUCCAAGCGUUUCGACACGCCCAACACGAUCGCCGAGCACCUUGUGGCCGCGCAUGACCGCGCGAUCAACCUGGACUUUGAGAUCGGCAUGCAAAUUUUCAAGCUCGGCGCCGAGAGGUGGGUCUGCGCGAUAUGCCACCUCAAGCUGCCGUGUUUGCGCUCCCUCAGCCGCCACACGAGCUGCCACUAUCACAAGUUCACGUGCGAGACCUGCGGCAAGUCGUACGUGAACCGGGAGAAUCUGACGCGCCACAUUGCAUACGGGCACAGCGUGUUCAAGAUCUGCAUACGCUGCAAGAAGAAAUUUCCCAGCUGCGAGGCGAGACGCGAACACGUUUUGGCCACUAAGGCCUGCUGGCCGUUGUGCUGCAGCCUCUGCGGCCAGAGGUUUGCCAAUCGCCGCUCCAAACUCGACCACCUAGACAAGGUCCACGCGCAACCGCCGAAGACCUACACAUGCCCCGAGUGCGGGGAGUCCUUCGAUAAGUGGCGCAUGUACCGCUCUCAUUUCGUCGUAACGCACACGUCGAACAACUACGCGUGCGCAUUUUGCGAGCAAAAGUUCGACAACAAGAGGGGUCUGCUCGACCAUCGGAUAAUCCACACGAAGGAGAAGGCGUUCCCGUGCACGAUCUGCACCAAGUCGUUCAGCAGGAAGAAGAAUCUGAUGCAGCACAUGUGGAUCCACAGAGAGCAAAAGCGGUUUGAGUGCACGAAGUGCAACAAGCAGUUCAACCAGCGCGUGAGCUGGAAGACUCACAUGAAGUCUUACCAUCCAGAUCUAGUUGACUUU